AUGGCCAACGUUAUCGGUCAAGGGAGUCGAGUGACCGCCUCAGGCGGGACUGACUGUCACCAUAACUGUCGGGACCUUGAGGAACCAGACGUUUGUGGGCACUUUGCCUUCGCGCCACCUGACCUAGAUAGCACCAGCUCGGGCCUAAAGCAGGCCAUCACUGAUGGGUUUCAUCGUGGGGCGUCACGCAUUGGAGCCAUCGUUCGUUGUCGCAGACUUUCGCUGAACCGACGAGGCCGCUUGGAUGAACAGGUUGACCAAGUGAGGCGGUCUCGGCACGUUUCAACUGUCACGACUCACGAACAUACUAGCUGCGUGCGAUUGGACAUUGAUGAGCGGUCACGUAUACUAGGUUUUGGGGCAAGGACGACUGUGCAGACUCCAAACACGAUCAUUCCUGUCUUCUCCCUCAUCCACGAUAUGGAUCCGACACUCCCAGCACCCGACUAUGUCACAGAGAAGCAGUUCUGGUGGCCCUGGAAUAAGUUCUGUUUACCCCCCGACGCCCUAUACACCACGCUCCACGAACGCUUCAACACCAGGUCAAGCACCAUCCAAGAGCCUUCCGCAUUUCACCGCGACGUUGUCGAAUGUGCCAACAACUCAUCGACCGUGGAAGAGUUGUACAACAAGCUCGCCGGGCGGAAGAGUGAGCGCAUCAACGAGAUUGAUGCCGCAUGGACGGAUGUAAGCCUACUUUUGGGGGGGAACGCCGUCCAGCUUUUCGUGUCCCCAAUGUCGAGGAUGCUUGCAAGAGGAAAACUUGGGGGAAGAGUACCAGGCAUCCCGUUGGGAAGCUAUGCCAGAAACGAGCGUCACCUGCAGAAGAUGGAGAGAGAUGAGGCUCGGAAGGUGCUGGAUACAUACUGCCCGCUGGGACAGCGCGGACGUCAGCGCCAGGCGAAAUCCCCUCCUCCGCCACCGGAUCGCGUGGGAUCAAAUGCAGACCCGAAUGUGCAACCGGAAACACCAGCGUCGCCUCCUCUCAUGACAUCGACGACACAGUUCAACCCGGAUAAUGGACAGGCGGGCUUGCCCCAGACGCAUCCAUCAGGUCUCCUACGAAGAAGGAGGCGGAGCAGAACCCCUGCCGGCCGAGGCGUUGGUGCUGAAGGACGACAUUAUAGGCCUCGAUCAUUCACUGCGCCUCCCGACUUGAUGCGCACGCACAGCGAGGGAUCCUCUUCGGCAUCCUCGUCAAACGCAUCUCGACGAAGGAGCUCCGUUGCCUAUCAGCAAGCGACGUCUGCCUCGCCAUCGGCUCCAGACGUACGUCCGGCCAAGCGAAAGGGUGCCGCGACAGCGAGUUGGGAAGUGGCAACGAGUCCCUACGGCACGGGGCAAAGAGACAGUGGCCAUUACCAGGCCUUGCCGGAACUGGCUAUCGCGUGGAGGAGGCCAGGGCACUACGGGGUGGAUGUCCAACCUCGGAGGGUGAGAGCCUUGAGCGGGUGUUUGGUCGUCAAACUCCUUCGAGCGGUUCUCCAGCAUAGCAAGCGCAUCGGAACUUUGGCUGAAAAAGAGGCCAGACUUGGAUGGGCUCGACGGUGA